AUGGCCCUUAAGGACAAAGAUCCUCUUGUUGUUGGGCGAGUUGUGGGGGAUGUUGUUGACAACUUCACUAAAUCUAUUGCUCUUACUGUUAGCUAUGGCCACAAGUUGGAUGUUUACAAUGGUGUUGAAUUCAAGCCCUCUCAAGUUACCAAACAGCCUAAGGUUUCUAUUGGUGGAAGUGAUUUCAGGAACUUGUACACUUUGGUCAUGGUGGAUCCUGAUGCACCCAGUCCAAGUGACCCCACACUUAAAGAGUACUUGCAUUGGUUGGUGAUUGACAUUCCAGAAACUAGAGAAGCAACUUAUGGCAAUGAGGUUGUUUCUUAUGAGAGCCCAAAGCCAACAGUUGGAAUUCACAGGUUUGCUUUUGUUCUUUUUCGUCAACCAGGAAUCCAACCUGUGUAUGCACCAGGAUGGCGCCAGAACUUCAUCACCAGAGACUUUGCCGAGCUUUACAAUCUUGGAUCCCCUGUGGCUGCUGUGUUUUUCAAUUGCCAGAAGGAGACAAAGACCUCUUCCACCUCGUCGAGCUCAUGGAAACGCUAA